GAUGGAAAACAGAACUACGUCACUGAGGCGCGACAAAGGUACCUCCCUCUGGAGCUUUUGGAUGCUAGUUACUGUUCUGCAUCGCUGACAGAGCUGAGGUGAGGGAAAACUCACUGAGGGACAGGCUGCCCCUGUAACUCCCUCCCCUGUGUCCCUGGCAUUGUCCCUCCCCUGCACUCACAUCUCCAGCCUGGGCUACUGGUGAAUGCAGAUCAAGGUCCCUCCUACGGAGUCAGAACAGCCGGAGGAGCACCACCCAUUACUGAAAUGGAGCCCGUCUUGUCUCAAAUUAGAUCAAGUUUGCAGGUGAAGUUGGAGGGUGAAGAGUGGGACUCUAGGAAUCAUUUAACCUCUAUAAAGCGUGAAGUGGAUUUUGUGCCUAUCAAUGGUUUUCCAGAGAAAAAACCAGAAAAAUUACAGAUAAAGUUAGAGAAGGAGGAACUAAAACCAAUAGAAAACUCGGCAGUUCCACUUACAGAUGGUUUUUCCAAACCACAAAUAAAGGAAGAAAAUGAGAAUCCGGAAUAUUAUCAGUCACCAAUAGAAAGCUGGACAGAACCACUUACUGAGGGGGAUUUCAUGGUGACUGAAUCAGAAAUAACACAGGUAAUCAUAAAGGAGGAAGAACUGGACCCUGAUUAUUACCAGACCCCAAGUGAUACGCCUGCAGUUUCACUCUAUGGUGGGGGAGCAGGAAGUGACAUAGGCAUUGGUGGCAGACCUUCAUCUGAAAGUGAUAAGCUAAAGGAUUUACUUGAGCGUCUAAGAAAAAGGCCAGCGGUGACUGCUACUUCUGGCUGCUUCCCCUUUAAUCCUCAAAGGCAAAGAAUGAACAGGGCAGAAAGCCCGGGUAGUCAGGAAUCCAGUGAUGAGGACAACGACGUUGAUGAUGAUGAUGAAGAUGAUGAUGAAGAGGAGGAUGAGAAUACAAACAGCCCAGAAAGCAGCAGCAUAGAUGGUGACACGGAAGAAACAGCUGAACGGGUUGAGAAUGUGGAUUGGUGCAACUGUGGAAACUGUGUUCCUAUAGACACCCAAACAGAGAACCUUUGCUGCACUGCAGUUGAGAAGAUCCGAGAUCUCAUUCCUUGUGGGGCUCACUGCAUAACCGCACACUCAACAUUUCUCAGUCAGGUUGUGGACUAUGCCAGAGUGGACACUGGGUUCAAGAUAAUCAAUUACAAGAUGAAGCGGCUGCCCAAGCAUAGAGUCUAUAUGAGGUGUUUGCGGAAAACAGCUUUUCGUUCCUUUAUGGUGUGGCUGUACGGCUAUCUUGGAGCAGAAGGACACAAACCUAUACCGGCCUGCGCUAUCAGGCGAAUCCGAAAGGCCUUUCCAGAUCCCAACCAUAAAUACACAGGAUUUCCUGGGGCUCUGGACUACCUCGCAGAAAAGAUGGCUCUCGAUUAAUGUUCUGUUUCAUUAUUUGACCCUGUUUCACAAGUUUUAAUAAUGUCACAGAUUGGACUCUUAUUUUUGUUUUAAUAAUAUAGGAUUGUUAUGUUUUGUCAAAUAGAUGUUGUGUUAUAUAUAUAGGGCCAGAUUCACUAAGGUGAAUUUUCGUAUCCGAACAAUCGGCGAGAAAAC